CUUAAUUACCUUUUUUAUCCUUAACCCCUCUCUCUCUCUAAUUUUGCAAUAUAUGGUUCCCUAUAAAAUGGGUCCACUCUCAAUCUCUCUUCAUUCCUUAUUAUUCUGAUCAACUUGAGUAAAAAUGGCAGAUCAGGAAGUGAAGCUGUUGGAUUUUUGGCCCAGCAUGUUUGGUAUGAGAGUUAGAAUAGCUUUGGCACAGAAGGGUGUGGCUUAUGAGUAUGUUGAAGAAGAUCUGAGAAACAAGAGCCCUUUGCUUCUUGAAAUGAACCCAAUUCAUAAGAAAAUCCCAGUUCUUAUUCAUAAUGGAAAACCCAUUUGUGAAUCUUCCAUUAUUGUUGAGUAUAUCGAUGAAUUUUGGAAUGACAAAGCUCCUCUCUUGCCUUCUCAUCCUUAUGACAGAGCUCAAGCCAGAUUUUGGGUUGAUUUCAUUGAUAAGAAGCUUUAUGGUCCAACAAGGAAGAUAUGGGCUACCAAGGGAGAAGAGCAUGAAGCCGGAAAGAAAGAGUUCAUAGAAAUAUUGAAGCAAUUGGAACAGGUUCUUGGAGAAAAGGAAUAUUUUGGAGGUGAGAGUUUGGGAUUUAUAGACAUUGCAUUGAUUGGAUUUUACAGCUGGUUCUAUACAUAUGAGACAGUAGGGAAAUUUAGCAUUGAAGCUGAGUGUCCAAAGAUAAUAAGUUGGGGAAAGAGAUGUUUGCAAAACGAGAGUGUGGCCAAGUCCCUUCCUGACUCCAAGAAGAUCUAUGAUUUUGUGGUUCAAGUGCAAAAAGCUUUGGGGAUUAUUUGACCAAAACAAUAACAUAUAAAUUCAUGUGUAAUGUUUUAUAUGUAGUGUUUCACGUGGUGGUGGUGUUUUGUGUAUUUUAAUUUCUGUGUUUUUGGGUAUUGAAAAGUAUAGCUAAAAAGAAAAAAAGAUGGUUCAUUCGCACAUUUGCUUGUGUGUGUGCUUUUGAACAAUUUGUCAAUGUAGUGAGUCUCACUGUUCAAUAAAAUAGUAAUAUUGUCAUAAAUUGCCAGCUUUA